UUUUCAGGCCGAGGUGCGCAGCUCUCGGCUGGGGCUGCUCGGCUCGCUGGCGGCUAGGCUACCAAGCGCGACCCGCUUCCGUGCGUGCGCUCGCCGACUGAGCCGUGAGGGCCGGGGUGGCAGGCCCAGCGGGCAGCGUGCCCGAGGUCGUCGGCCGCGGCGAUGUCUGCCCGGUGCUGUGCUGGCCAGCUGGCCUGCUGCUGCGGAUCUGCAGGAUGCUCCCUCUGCUGUGGCUGCUGCCCUAAGAUCCGGCAGUCUCGGACCACCCGCUUCAUGUACUUGCUCUACUUCAUCCUGGUCGUCGGCCUCUGCUGUGUGAUGAUGGCACCGUCUGUGACCAAGCAGAUAAGGGAGCAUAUUCCUUUUUUUGAAGAUUUCUGUGCAGGCAUUAAAGCUGGUGACUCCUGUGAGACCCUGGUGGGGUAUUCUGCGGUCUACAAAGUCUGCUUUGGAAUGGCUUGUUUCUUCUUUGUCUUCUGUCUGCUGACCCUGAAGGUCAACAACAGCAAAGGUUGUCGGGCCUACAUCCACAAUGGCUUCUGGUUCUUUAAGCUUCUGCUGUUGGGGGCUAUGUGCUCAGGAGCGUUCUUCAUCCCGGAUCAGGAGACCUUUCUGAAUGCCUGGCGCUAUGUGGGAGCAGUGGGGAGCGUCCUCUUCAUUUGCAUCCAGCUCCUCCUGAUUGUUGAGUUUGCACAUAAAUGGAACAAGAACUGGACCGCAGGCACUGCCAGUAAUAAGCUGUGGUACGCCUCCCUGUCCCUGGCGACGCUCAUCAUGUACUCUGUGGCUGUUGGAGGCUUGGCUCUGAUGGCAUUAUUUUACACACAGGGCGAUGGCUGCACGGACAACAAGAUCCUCCUGGGAGUGCAUGGCGGCCUAUGCCUGCUGAUCUCUCUGGCAGCCAUCUCGCCCUGUGUCCAGAAUCGACAGCCACACUCCGGGCUGUUGCAGUCCGGGCUGAUCAGCUGCUAUGUUACAUACCUCACUUUCUCGGCACUGACCAGCAAGCCUGAGAAAAUAGUUCAAGGUGAACACGGGAAGAACAUUACCAUAUGUGUGCCUGACUUCGGUCAAGACCUGCAUAGAGAUGAGAACAUGGUGGCCGGGCUGGGCACCUUGCUCUUGAUCGUCUGCAUCUCAUAUUCAUGUUUGACAUCAACAACAAGGUCAAGUUCGGAUGCUCUGCAGAGGCGCUACGGAGCUCCUGAACUGGAAGUAGCCCGGUGCUGUUUCUGCUUCGGUCCAGAUGGAGAAGACACCGAAGAGCAGCAGAAUGUCAAAGAGGGACCCCGGGUCAUCUAUGACGAGAAGAAAGGCACAGUCUACAGCUACUCCUAUUUCCACUCAGUCUUCAUGCUGGCUUCCCUCUACGUGAUGAUGACCUUGACCAGCUGGUUCCAUUACGAAAACGCCACCAUUGAGACCUUCUUAACCGGGAGCUGGUCUGUCUUCUGGGUCAAGAUGGCCUCCUGCUGGAUGUGUGUGAUACUGUACCUGUGGACCCUGGUGGCCCCUCUUUGCUGUCCCUCCAGGCAGUUCUUGGUGUGAGGAUGUCCAAGUGCCCCGUGGCUCAGCAGGCCUGUGCCCCACUCUGGAGGGCUGCCCUUUGAACAUGAGCAGCAGGGCUUUAAGCAGCAACUGGUGCCCUGUGAACAACUGACAUUCUCUGGCUAUCUUACGUGAGUCUGACAGUGCUUUCAGGAAACAAAUCUCCCAAUUGGCUUCUUAGUCUGAAAUCCAAAAGGAAACUACCAGUUUGUUCUACAGGAAUUGAAAUCUUUUUUUAGCCAAGCUGAUAGGUGCAAUUAUGUCUUUAUGCCUUACCCUAAGUGGUAGCUGAAGUUCUGUUGCUGUUUUUCUUGGGUGUAUUUUAACCAGAACAGAACUCAGGGCACAGUAUCCAUCACAGGGAUGAAAAUGUCCUUUCGUUCUCAUCCUUGGUAUAAGGAAGCAAAACCAAACAUUGAGUCCCCAGCCCUCAGGUGGGUCUUGACCUCUGUCACUCACUCUUGCCUCCUGGAGCCCUCACAGCUCCCUGUUCUGGAGUGCAAGAGGAAGGUCCUCUAUCCUCAACUGCUUCCCUAUGCCCCUGCCCCCAGCAUUUUCCCUGGAGGUCACGAUGCUGGGAGUCAGGGCCUUUCCUCCCUGCCCUUGGCAAAGGUCCUUCAUUCUGUCUGGGGUAAUCUUUGUAAUAAUGUGAAAAGCACAAUUUGAUCUCACCUCCAUGGAAUUCUCCACCGUUUUAUGCCCACCCAGUCCAAGCCUGCAAUAACUAUGGCGCUUAUUUAUGGUGAUGUUCAUGUGAUUGUAGAACAAUGUUGUUUUCUUUGCCGGAGCAGCAGAGGAUUACAGCUCUUACUUAUGUCAUUAACAGAAAUGCUUUAAGGGUCUUAGCAGGAAAGUUGAUUCUUGGCUGCAGCUUCUCACCCUUCUCAAAGUGUUAAGAGAAGCCCCCUGCCCCCCUUCCCAGCCUUCCUCACUUUCAGUGUGCCCCAGUGUUAACAUCAUGGGUUGGGGUGAGGAGCUUCAACAGAGCUCACUGGACAGAUCUGACAAGCUGUGAAAGUGAGAAGUUAGACUUAAAUGCAAAGGUAGGUGGCUGGGGGCAUCUCACAAAGCCAAGAUUAUAUCCACAGAAAUCUCCCGAAUGCACUUUUGGGGAGGAAUGCUCACAGUAUGCAUUUACAGUGCUGAUGUUCUUAGUCCAGGAUAUUUCCCAGUGCCAAGUCUGCUGAAGACUGCUUCCAUGUGGAGUAGAAAUACUCUCUAGACAUCCCAGGAGGACUCAGUCUAGCUGGUUUUUUUCUGUGUCUAUCUGAACAAGUCAGGCAGAGUUGGGACCCAUCUAAGCCUGGUUCCCAUGUGCUAAAAUGUGGAUUCUUAUUUCCAGUCACUCACUAAAAGUGCCACGGGGGAUAAAUAAGGGUGGAUUCUUUGAAGAACUUGCCUGCUUUUCAGUGUUUGAGAUCCAUUCUUAAAGGGUACACAAAUAAGGAUACCUUGUUUGUAAACUACAUCACAAUUCCUUGUUUAGGUCGGGGGCUCUUUAAAUUCAGCAGUUUGAAUACACGUGAGAAUCACAAAAGGCAUAGCUACACACUAACUCUGAACAAGUCCAGUUACUCCAGUGGGGAUGGGAGUCCAUCCACUGAGAAUGGUCAGAAAGUGGGCUGUGUGAGCCAGCUCCGUGGCAGCAGCCACUGCUAUGCCUGAGACAUGCUAUGAGAAGUAGCAGAGGGAGCUCAGGUAGUGGUGAGGCAGUGUUCCCCUCCUGCUGAGGUCUAACCAAGGCCUUUAUCUGUCUUCUCUGCCGAGUCUGGCAGCCAGAUGUGGUGAGUUUUGAAUUGGUCCUCAUACCAGACCGAGGUCAGACUGACAAGGCCACACAGUCCUGGGCUAGCCUUUGUUGGACCCCUUUCCUCUCCAGAAAGCAGCUCAGGGAAACACAGGACAGUGCUUCUCUGUCAGCCAGCCAGGCUCCACUUAUUUUCCAACUGCCUCAGGAGUGGUUGGUUGUGUUCCCUCCCCUUCAGAAACUAGGUCUUGCACAAGAGGAAGAGUUGACCAUACCCAUCUUUACCCUCAGCUGCUAGAGUUGGAUUGAUGGUCAGAAGUGAGAUGGCUGCACUUGAGGACUGUGGAUGUCUUAGUAGACAGAAGUGAAGAAUUCAACUUUUAAUCUCAGCAGAAGCAAGGAGAUCUCUGUGAGUUCUAGGCUAGCUAGACCCUGUCUCAAAACACAAAGUUGACAUCAUGGUCAGCUGUGAGAAACUACUCAGGUGGUAGUCCAUUUAUGGGUUUAAGAACCCUGUUAGGUCUUUGUACUUGAGAAACUGGAAAGUGUGCCAAUUGCCUUGAGUUAACAACAGCAGUGUUAACGCUAAAACGCCAACAGUAAUUUUAAAGAUAUCAGACCUUUGCUUCUUGCCGUACUCACACAGGACUAUAAAAUGCAUGCCUUGGAGCUGCUGCUCUGACCCCUGUAGCCAUGGCAGACCUGGCAGCAGGGUGUUAGAAACUGUAUGUGUUCCUCUUCCUCUUGUUUUUAUGAGCAAAACACUUAAGCCAGGGGGAUUCUCCUGGCAGUCUCGCUUAGACAUGAUACCUAGUUGGAGAUUGGAGACUGUCCCCAUCCAUGUCCACCCUUGGAAAGCCUGCCGUGCCAUUGCUGGGUAGUUGGCCGAGGCUUCUUGGGAAGUCAGCAGAUGAAUUGUUUUCCAGAGGUUUGGGAAAGUUUUAUAUAGUGGGUAAUCUGGUGGGGAAGGAGUUGGAGGGAGUGUUGGGUAUUGAGACUUUGGGGUUCUGAUUCCCAUAAGGAACGGCCAGCAGGAGUUUCCACAUGACAGCCAUGUUUCCAAUUUCACAGAUGACUUCACUGUAGUGUUAGUUACCCCUUCCCAAACUGUCACCCUCAGCCUUCACUGAUGAUGUACUUAAGUUUUGUCAGAUGGCCCGUCAUUGGUGCUUCACCUUACCCUGGAAAGGAGCUCCAGACCGUAUUUCCACUCCCUGGUCUGUCCUUCUGCCGCCUUUCUAGCAGUAUCUCCUGUUUGUGUCCUGAAAUGUGUACCAGUGCACAGCAUAUAUACUGCUAAGAGGUGAAAGGCAUCAGAAAUGAGACUGAACACCCAGAAAGGACACUGGGCCUUCCUCUGUCAGAGAUGAGGUUGGCACCUGGGCCACAGAAUCUAAAGGGUUUUGUCAUUUAUUCGUAAACAUUUUCAUUUCCUGCAGAGAUGAGCUCUCUAGUGUUUGGGUGACAUCAGCAGAGAGGAGAGCUGACCACAAGGUCUUUAGUUCGCUCUUUUCUGUUUUCCAUCAGUGAACCAUUUGCAGAGACAGUUGUUUUGAAAGGCCAAAUUUCUUGGCUUUUACCAAAGAGGUGUAUUUGAUUUUGUUGUAGUUGGGGAAGGGCAAGCAAAUCAGGGCUGCAUUUGUCCAAAUUGACUUCAGCAGAAGUUUAACCACAUUCAUGUUAGCAAAAUGAUGGACGAACUCUUUAAAGUAUUCCUUUGGGGAGAAAGGAUCCUGGGAAAUUCUCUCAGGUAAAGAAAGAUUACAGCAGAUGAGUAAUAUAUGUCUUGAGAGCUAUUUAUAAAAAUUUUAAGAGGAUCAUUUUGUCUUCAUUUAUUAAAGAUUUAAACUUUUUUACUUUGCAGAGAAAAACUACAAACAUUUUUAUAGUCAUAACUGUUAAUUUUUUAAAAAGAUUUUUUGGAAACAAUUAGCUGUAGCCAAAUUUUGUGGUUAUGUUUUUUCUAUAUUGGAGUUUGAAUGCAAUUUGUGUGGUAAGUCUACUAUUUGUUUAUAAAGGUCUCUGACAUGGUUAGAUUUUGCUACCUUUAAAAAAAAUUUUUUUCCCCAUUAGCCACAAUGCCAAUUAAGGAUUUGUAUCUUUUUUUUUUCUAAUGCUAAUUUUUCUAUGAAGCACCUGAAAUUGACUGGCCUUUUCCUAUGUAAAAAACUCAAACUUGUUAACUCUGUACUUUAAUAAAAUGUAAACC